AUGCAAGAUUCGUGGAUCCCUGGAGCGGACUGUUUCAGGUGGUCGGGCAUCAGCUGUACCCGCAAUGGCGACGUCAACGGCGUGAUGCUCGUUUCAUCACGGGUUACCGGAAGUAUUUCGCCCACCUUCGGCGACCUAUCGGCCCUCGAGAGCCUCACGCUUGUGGGGAACAAUCUCACUGGCUCGCUUCCUGCCGAAAUCAGCAACCUUCGGUUCUUACGGGAGCUGUACAUUUCGGGAAACGGAGACGGAUUAACAGGACCUUUUCCUGAGACUGUCACGGCACUUACGGAUCUGUCCAUUCUUAUCCUCUCGGACAACCAGCUGACAGGCAAUCUUCCGCGAGGGAUUGGCGAGCUUACGAACCUGGUAACCCUCUCCUUGAGCGAAAACAGACUCGCGGGACGGAUUCCUCGCGAGAUUUCGACACUGCAUCGGCUGACGUGGCUAGACCUUGCCUCGAACCGCCUGGAAGGAGCUAUCCCGCCGCAACUCGCGUCGCUGCGGUCCCUCGUGGAGCUUUCGUUGGAAUCGAAUCGCCUUUCGGGAUCCAUACCUUCCAGUUUCGACAAAUUUCGCGUACUUCGCACGCUUCGCCUGGGACACAAUGUCCUUUCGGGUGACCUCCCUUUCAGCGCAAUCAACUCCAUGCGGCGGCUGGAAGUGCUUGACCUUCAUCGCAACUCGUUAUACGCGUCUUCGUUAGUGCCAUUAGCGGUACACCCUUCGCUACAGUACAUCGAUGUCAGCUGGAAUAAAAUCUCGGGCUGCUUUCCGGCGGAGUUCGGGCAGAUGAAGAACCUGACGGGGCUGAAUCUUGCAGGCAACGCUUUGCAAGGGAAGAUUCCACGAAACCUGUUGGGAAAUGGUUCUCAGCUCAACUACCUCAACCUGGCUUAUAACGGAUUCGCUGGAAUCUUCCCGUGGACGGCGCUGCGCGGAAUGGAACACCUCGACAGUAUCACGCUGAGCCAUAAUCGCUUUGUGGGGAUCGUGCCUCGCGAUGCCCUAGUCGACGUCCCUCUGAGCUUCCUCAACAUCUCCCACAAUUUCUUCUCGGGCAGAUUGCCGGACUUUGCCCGCCCCAAUGAAGAUUUCGAAGCUGAUUUCCGAGGGAAUUUCUUCUACGGGAGUGGGGAGCUGCCCUAUGCCUCCCUUCAGCAGCUGCUGCCGCAACCUCGCCAGCCUUAUUCCCGUCAGCCUUACUCUCGUCAGCCGCCCUUUCUGCCACAGCAGCGUCGUUGGUUGUCGGACUCGGCAGGUCAACUCGAGAUUCCGAAAGAGAAGCUCUUCUCCAAGGUGCUGGUGGCGAACAGGGGGGAGAUAGCAUGUCGAGUCAUGAAGACAGCGCGGGCACUGGGCAUUCGCAGUGUGGCCAUCUACUCCGAGCCCGACGUGGAGAGCCUGCACGUCCGCAUGGCAGAUGAAGCUGUCUGUGUGGGCCCAGCACCCACAGCGCAGAGCUAUCUGAACACGGAUGCCGUGCUGGAAGCAGUUAGGAGCACGGGGGCUGACGCGGUGCACCCGGGCUAUGGCUUCCUGUCGGAGAACGCCAUGUUUGUGGAGCGGCUGGAUGAGGAGGGCGUGACUUUCGUGGGGCCCAAUCUCAACGCCAUUGACGCCAUGGGGGACAAGAUUCACAGCAAGCGGUUGGCAAAAGAGGCCAAGGUGAACACCAUUCCCGGGAAGGAGGACGUUAUCAGGGACGAGGACCAUGCGGUCGAGAUCGCACAAGAGGUGGGCUUCCCAGUCAUGCUCAAGGCGUCAGGCGGCGGAGGAGGCAAGGGCAUGCGCGUCGCAUGGAACGAGAAGGAGGUACGGGAGCAAUUCAGUGUGUGCAAGGCGGAGGUCGCAUCCAGCUUCGCUGACGACCGCAUCUUUGUCGAAAGGUUCAUAGACAAGCCAAGGCACAUCGAAGUGCAGGUCAUGGGGGAUAAGCACGGCAAUGUGGUGUGGUUACCAGAGAGAGAAUGCUCCAUCCAGAGGCGAAACCAAAAGGUGAUAGAGGAAUCACCCAGCAUGUUCCUGGAUGAGGCAACGAGGGAGGCCAUGGGCGAGCAGGCUGUGUCCCUUGCUAAGGCAGUCAACUACGACUCUGCUGGAACGGUGGAAUUCCUAGUGGACGCGCAGCGCAACUUCUUCUUUCUGGAGAUGAACACGCGCUUGCAGGUGGAGCAUCCGGUCACCGAGUGCGUCACGGGGCUCGACCUCGUGCACCUCAUGUUCCACGUGGCAGCCGGCCAUCCGCUGCCCAUUGACCAGGAGAGGGCCAGGAGGAUCCACGGGUGGGCACUGGAGUCCCGGGUUUACUGCGAGCACCCCUUCAUGAACUUCCUCCCCUCCACGGGCAAGCUGCGCCGGUACCGCGAGCCCAAGGAGGUGCGGACGCCGACUGAGAUCGUGCGGCUGGAUACAGGCGCGGUGGAGGGGCAAUACAUCUCCAUGUACUAUGACCCACUGCUCUCUAAGCUAAUCACAUGGGGACCAACAAGGAAGGACGCACUCGAGUCCAUGAAGCACGCCUUGGAUCGUUAUUAUGUCUGCGGACCGUUCAACAACAUCUCCUUCCUCCGCUGCAUCUUCUCACAACCGGCGUUUGAGUCUGGUGACAUCAGCACCAAGUUCCUGGACAUUCACUACCCAAAUGGCUUCACAGAUGACAGGCUGACGCCCAGAGAGGAGAAAGAAGUUGCAGCCAUUGCUGCCUUUCUUGACAUUGUCAAAUCCCGGAGGUCUCUGCUAGCUGUCAACGCUGCUGCCCCCAGCACGCCCGGCGCAAUAGGAAACGGACACCUGGCGCACGCCGGUUGGGCGGAGGAGGAGGGAGAGGGGGAAGGGGAGGAGAGGGAGGAGGAUGGGGGGGAGGGGCUGAGGGGGAAAGCGGAGUUGGUGGUGAGUUCGGAUGGGGUGGAAUAUCCUGUGGUGGUGCGGCAUUGGAGCAAUGAGAAGAAGUCACACCUCUGUGUCGCCGACAUAGAGGUGGGGGGGGAGGUGAUACGGGUGGAGGAGGCAGUGCCGGUGGGGCUGGGGCGAGGGGUGGUGGAUAUUCGCGUGGAUGGGGAGGACACCGUGUGCAUGGUCAUGGAGAAGCAUGCGAGAGGGUUCAAGCUUGUCUACGACGGCUGCACCAAGGACGAGGUGUUGGUUCAUCAGAAGAAGGUGGCUCCUCUGCAGAAGUACAUGCCGCCCAAGAAGGUCCAAGAUGUAUCAAAGAUGGUCAAGGCUCCUAUGCCUGGUGCGGUGGUUGCAAUUGGUGUCAAGCCAAACAAGAAGGUGCUUCCUGGAGAUGAGCUGAUAACGAUUGAAGCCAUGAAGAUGCGCAACGUGCUGCGUGCCGAGGAGGCGGCCACUGUAAAGGCUGUAUAUUCUGACAGCGAGUCCGAGGAGGAGGAGGAAGAAGUCGAAGAGGAAGAGUCGGAGGAGGAAGAAGACGAUGCUCCCAAGGCAGGUGGCGAUGCCGGGCGCGCGUCGAUCUACCUGCGACAGGGCGACAGCGACAGCGAGGACAGCGACGACGGUCGCGCGCGCGUCGUUCGGCCUGCCCGCGAGAAGCGGUACGACGAGAUGGUGUCGACGGUGGAGCAGAUUAAGAACCAGAUGAAGAUUAACGACUGGGUGGCUCUGCAGGAGAGUUUCGAGAAGCUGAACAAGCAGCUUGAGAAGGUGCUGCGCCUGAUCGAGUCGUCCGUGCCCCCGCGGCCGUACAUCAAGGGCGUGGUUCUGCUGGAAGAUCAUCUGAACGCCGCCUUGACGAACAAAGAGGCGAAAAAGAAGAUGAGCAGCAGCAACGCGAAGGCUCUGAACUACAUGAAGCAGAAGCUGAAGAAGAAUAACAAGCUGUACGAGGCUGUUAUUGAGAAGUUCCGGGCGAGUCCGGAGUCUGACGAAGAGGAGGAGGAGGACGACGAGGAGGAAGAGGAGGAUGAGGACGAGGAGGAGGACGAGGAGGGGGUGGAAGACCCGUUGGAUAGGAAGGGAGGGGAUGAGGAGGAGGAGGAGGAGGGAGGGGAGGGGUGGGAGACGCAGAAGAGCAAGAAGGAUCGGGCGCUGGAGAAGCAGUUUCAGAGGGAUCACAGCGAGAUCAAGUGGGAGGAGGUGAAUCAGAAGCUGAAGGAGAUUAUUGCUGCUAGGGGUCGCAAGGGAACGGAUAGGGUGGAGCAGGUUGAGCAGCUGACUUACCUGGCUAAAGUCGCAAAAACCCCUGCGCAGAAACUGGAAGUGAUGAUGCAGGUGGUUUCUGCGCAAUUCGAUGUUUCGCAGAACCUUCACCUGCAUCUGCCCGUCCCCGUUUGGAAGAAAUGCGCGGAGAACAUAAUGACGAUUCUUGACAUUCUCGAGGGGAACAACAACAUUGUUUUGGACGAGAAUUACGAGGUCGUGGAGGACGAUAACGAGUCGCAGAAAGGCGCGGACUACGAAGGGAAGAUUCGGGUGUGGGGAUCGGUGGUGUCGUUUGUAGAGCGUAUGGACGACGAGCUGUUUAAGAGCCUGCAGUGCACGGACCCCUAUACUAAGACGUACUUAGAGCGGCUUAAGGACGAGCCCACGCUGCUCGCGCUGGCGCAGAACGCGCAGGCGUACGCGCUGCGCGUGGGCGACACCAAGGGCGCGUCGCGCGCGGCUCGUCGUCUGUGCGAGCACAUUUACUACAAGCCUCAGAACGUGUAUGCAGCUCUGCGCCUGAUGUCGGAGCAGCAGCAGCAGGCAGCCGCGGCCGCCGCCGCCGCCGCCGAAACCCCCGCGGACGCCGCCGCCGCAGCAGCAGGCGACGAGGACGCUUCCCCAGACGACGAGCCCGAGUCCGCCGCCGCGAAAGACGCCAAACGCCGCGCCGCGAUCGCGGUGAACUCGUACGGGCCGCCCGCAUUCAUCCCGACGCCAGAGGCGGUUCCACGGUGGCCGGUGUUCCCGGAGAGCGGGAGGGUGAUGAUGAAGGCGCUGCUGGCGGUGGUGUACGCGCACGGGGAGGAGCGCAGCAAGGCGCGCGCGAUGCUGUGCGACAUCUACCACCACGCGAUCAACGACGAGUACCACACUGCGCGCGAUCUCAUGCUCAUCUCGCACCUCCAGGACGCGGUGCAGCAGAUGGACAUCAGCACGCAGAUUCUCUUCAACCGCGCCAUGGCCCAGCUGGGUCUGGCCGCCUUCCGUAGAGGGCUCAUCCCGGACGCCCACAGCUGCCUCGCCGACCUCUUCGCUGGCGGCCGCGUGAAGGAGCUCCUCGCACAGGGCGUGUCUCAGUCGCGCUUCCACGAGAAGACUCCCGAGCAGGAGCGCGUGGAGCGGCGCCGGCAGAUGCCGUACCACAUGCACGUGAAUCUGGAGUUAUUAGAGGCGGUGCAUCUGCUGUGCGCCAUGCUGCUGGAGGUGCCGUCGCUGGCCGCACACUCCACUGACGGGCGUAGGCGCGUUAUCUCUAAGAAUUUCCGCCGGUUGCUCGAUAUGUACGAGCGCCAGACGUUCACCGGCCCUCCGGAGAAUGUGAGGGAUCAUGUCAUGGCUGCUUCUAGAGCACUCAUGUGUGGCGACUGGCAGCGAGCUGUGCAGCUGGCAGAGGCGCUGGACGUGUGGAAGCUGCUUCCGGUGGCGCAGAGGGAAUCCGUGCUGGGGAUGCUGAGGGGCAAGAUCCAGCAGGAGGCACUGCGGACGUUCCUCUUCAAUGCGUCGUCCACUUAUGCUUCCAUCAGUCUUGACCAGCUGACGCAGAUGUUUGGCAUGGCAGAGAAGGCAGUGACAGGGGUUGCUAGCCGCAUGAUGAUGAAUGAGGAGAUCAGUGCCAGCUGGGACCAGCCCUCCAAGUGCAUCGUGGUCAACGCGGUCAAUCCCACGCGCCUGCAGCACCUCGCCCUGCAGUACGCCGAUAAGAUAUCAGUUCUUGUGGAGGGCAACGAGCGAGCCUUCUCAGAGAAGACUGGCGGCAUGACCAUCGAAGGCGCAGGGGGAGAGAGAGGCGGGGGCAGGCGGGGCAAGGACGGAGGCGGGGACUAUGGAGGCGGGCGCAGGGAUGAUUACGGUGGUGGGGGCGGGGAGAGGUACGGGAGAGGGGGAGGACGAGGCGGGUAUGGCGGCCGGGGGGGAGGGAGAGGAGGAUGGGGCGGCGGUGGGGGAGGAGGUGGUGGGGGCGGGAGAGGGGGGUAUAGAGGGGGGGAUGGUGGAGGGAGGGGAGGAAGGGGAGGGCGUGGGGGAAGAGGGGGGUAUAGAGGGGGAGAUGGUGGAGGGAGGGGAGGAAGGGGUGGUGGCAGCGGUGGUGGUGGUGGGGACGCUAGCAGGUUUGUCAACCUCGGUCGGGCGGGAGGGUAUUAG